AGGGGGGCGAGGUCUUCUUGUUCUCAAAUGAGCCAUGUACUGUCUAUGGACUGCGAGAUUCGGACAUAUUUUACUACACUGCAUUGUCCUACUCCUAUGGAUUAUAAAUACAGCAGCAGGUGCAAGUGUUAAGGACAGCAGUGAGGGGAGAGAGGAUAUCCAGAGGCAGCCAGACGAGGUAGCUCAAUGGUGGGGCGAAUGGAGUAGCUGGUCCACCUGUUCCCGUACCUGCGGAGGGGGAGUGCGCUCUCAGGAGCGUCACUGUCUGCAGCAGAGACUGACAUCUACCCAAAACAUCAAUAGUUCCUUCUGCAUUGGAUCAUCCAGGAAGUAUCAGCUGUGUACGAACCAGCCAUGCCCAAACAGCAGAAUCAGCUUCAAACAGCACCAGUGCUCUCAAUUCAAUGCCAAAGCCUUCGGCAGGAAGUACUAUGAAUGGGUUCCACUUUAUCCGGAUGAUUACAUUAGCAUAUCCAAUAAGCCAUGUGACCUCCAGUGCACCACAACAACUGGAGAAAGGCAACUGUUGGUGCCUGCUCACGAUGGGACUUUCUGCAGGGAUGGCAUCUACCAGGGUGUCUGCAUUGAAGGCCAGUGUCAGGUAGUGGGGUGUGAUGGGAAAUUGUACUCCAGUAAAACCAUAGACAAAUGCGGAGUCUGUGGGGGAAACGGAGGUUCGUGUUAUCGAGUCUCAGGAUCUUACCGGAAAGGGAUCACACAGUUAGGUUAUGUGUUCAUAACCAAUAUACCAGCUAGUGCCACAGAUAUUCAAAUCAUAGAGCGACGCAAGACUGAAAAUAUCUUGGCGCUCUCUGAUGAAGCCGGUCACUUCUUCUUUAAUGGGAACAGUGUGAUCGACAAUCCACAGAACUUUCAUGUCGCUGGCACAGUGUUUAAGUACAGGAGGCCAGCUAACCUCUUCUCUGAUGGCUUUGAGUACAUCAUGGCUCAGGGUCCCACCCAGCAGGCCCUGAAUGUCAUGUAUUACAACCUCAACGGAAAGAUGCCUCACAUCACAUACGAGUACACGGUUCCUCGAUCUCCAGAGCCAAGAACAGCACCUCCCAUAGCCUCAACCCCUGAGCAGCCUCAGAUAAGCAACCUGAUGUCCAUGACUUCCAAAGACACUUCACCAGAAGGGAAGAAAGUUAACACGUCCUCCUCAGAGCUGUCCAUCGCUCAUAAUGAAAUAGAAGGUCGUAAGCAGUAUGAAAAGAAGGGGAACCAGAGCGCUCCCAUGGCUCCUCAAGAAAACGUGGAGCUGCGUGUGGGCCCCGAGGAGCUGUUGUGGGAGCUCCAGGCCUCUGUAAACCUCAGUGAGCUGCCUGGUCUGGUAUUAUUUAGACCUGCCAGUGAGGUCCUUCAGAAUGAGCUAGAUGAUGAAAUGCACCAUCUUGAGGCACAAGGUAGUUUUGGUUCUGACUCCAACUUGAUUGAUGGUGAUUCGUCUAGUUCCAGUGACUCCAAUAACACCUCUACACCAGUUCUGAAGAGUCUCUUUUACGAUGGGGUGGCUUGGCCCUCAGGCUCCAGACAGCCCUGUAAAGAAGGUUCAGCACUCUCAGGGUGUUCCAUACUCAAGCUGAAUUCCAGCUCCUCUCUGGAUAACAGCCUGACCCUGGAGAUCUUCCCAGGCAGUCUGGACAUGCACGAUUCGGAAGGGGAGCCUAUAUUCGAGCCGUAUUCUGAGCCCAGGACUAACGACUCAACAAACCGGUCCAUCCUUCUCCAGCUCCACCAGGUGGAGCCAGUGCAGGCACCCCACAGCGAGAGUAAUGAGUUUGAGGUGGAAUCUUUGGAUCAUGACAUCAGCACGGCCGACAUGUACAGAUGGAAGGUAUCAGCGUACGCACCCUGCAGCUCCACAUGCACCACAGGUAUAAGCACAUCUUAUGCCUUAUGUGUAAAGUAUGAUGGGACUGAGGUGGAUGAGAGCUACUGUGACUCUUUGACCAGACCAGAACCCACACAUGAAUUUUGCACAGGGAAAGAGUGCCCGCCCAGGUGGGAAACCAGCCGGUGGAGUGAGUGUUCUCGGACGUGUGGGGAGGGGUUUCAGUUUCGCACCGUGCGCUGUUGGAAGAUGCUGGCACCGGGAUUUGACAGCUCUGUGUAUGAUGAAGUUUGCCAGGCUGCCGAGCUACACAAACCCAUGACUCGAAAAGCCUGCAAGAGCAAAAGCUGUGGCCCUCAGUGGGAGAUUUCAGACUGGUCUGAGUGUUCAGCGAGGUGCGGUGGUCGUGGGGUGAGGAGUCGUGAGGUGCGCUGCUCUAUGGAUGCCAGGCUCUGUAACAACUCCACCAGACCAGUUAGCCAGAGAGAGUGCGAGGGUGUGCCGUGUGAUCGCCAAUGGACCGUUUCUGAAUGGGGACCGUGCUCGGGGCUGUGUGGGGAAGGUCGGAUGAGGCGUUAUGUGGUGUGUAAGAACAGCAAUGGGAAGGUGAUCUCUGAUUCUCAAUGUGAUCCAGAGCUCAAGCCGCUCGCUGUGCAUCCAUGUGGAGACAAAAACUGCCCCGCCCACUGGGUGGAGCAAGAGUGGGCACAGUGUAACGCAACAUGUGGGCGUGGGGUGAAGACGCGGCAGGUUGUGUGCGCGGGACUGGAGGGUGGUGUGUUUAAAGAGUUUCUAGAGCCGAUGUGUGACAGGUCCCUCAAACCUGCGGACAGUGCGGCCUGCUUUGAGAGACCCUGUUCCAAGUGGUUCACCACGUCCUGGUCACAGUGCAGUAAAACGUGUGGGAUUGGAGUGAGGGUCCGAGAGGUAAAGUGCUAUCAAGGAGAGGAGUUGGGCCAUAGCUGUGACUCCACAUUGAGACCCGAAGCCAGGCAGAGCUGUGAGGUGCUGCCGUGCACCACUGAAGCACCAGCUGAGGAUGCAUGUCAGGAUAAAGUGACGGCUAACUGCGCCCUUGUCCUGCGGGUGAAGUUGUGCACUCAUUGGUACUACAGAAAGGCCUGCUGUCUGUCAUGCAAAAACAAGAGCCAGUAAAAAGUCUUUCUGGCCCCUCACUGGGGCCCUCUUUAUACUGAACGCACUGAACCCUAAACUGUACCCCUGUGGUACCCCCGGUAGAGUUUACUCUACUAGACAAGCCCUUCAACCUCACGGCUGUCAAUCUCUCCUAAAGUACAUAAAGAAAGGUGCUAUAAUAAAAGGCCAUUGGCCCUACGUAAGCCCCACUGCAGGGAUCCACUAAAGGCAGCUUCUGUAACUGGACUGGGUUUACUGUGAUAGAGACUGCGUACAGUAACCGUCAAGACAACUGUACGGACCCCUUCUCUAUACUGGACGCCUCGAUCUUGCUCUAACACACAAACACUAACACACAAAUCUUAUGAUAUAUGUACAAAGUUUUUAGUUUUGUUUGUUUUCGUGUUCACUUUUUGUCUUGAAGAAAUAAAACCAUUUGUUUUGGGA